AUACAUUAAGAUUUUAUAACCUUUAAAAAUAUGAGUAAUGAAAAUAAAUAUAAGCAAUUUUGUUGUGAUUAUAAUAAAUAUAGAUAAAAAAUGGAUCAUGAAGAAGAAUUUCUUAAUACUUUCUUCGCUCAAGUUGCUCAAUUGUGUACUGAUAAAGCUAAAGAAUUAGUUGAAAAAGAACGUGGAUUAUGUCGUCAAACACAAAUGGGUCCAUGGGGAAUGUUACUUAUGCAUUUACCACAAAUAGCAGUAGCAGAACAUUCAUAUGCAGAUUUAGGUUUCCUUCAUACCAAAAAUAAAGGAUUUUUAAGGAAAGAUAAUUCAUUAAAAACGGUAUAUGAAUCUUUAAAAUCUGAUCUAAAAAGAGUAGAGGAAAUGACUAGAGGAACCAAUUCAAUUGGUGCAACAGUUGCUGAGGUUUCUAAUCAAUUAUGUCAAUAUAUUACUGCAAAAAUACAACUGAUAGAUUUUUAUGAAAAAAUGUACAAUAUGAGUAUCAAUAGUAAAAGUAUGAAAUAUCAAGAAUUAUUACAAUGUAUAGAAGGAAUAGUAGAAAUUCAUUCUUUAUCUUGCUCACAUUUAGCAUUAACUGCUAUUAAAACAAGCUUAACUUUAGAAUGUGAAAUAUUAGUACAAUUGACAAAAACACAAGUUGAACUUCAACAUUGGAGAUUUUUAUCAACAUUAAUGGCUCUUUAUGGUGCACAGACACGAAUGUCAGCUUGGGAAAGAACUUUACAAAGUAAAGAGUCAUGGAAAUUAGGUUUCAGUGCUUCAUUUUUGAAAGCAAAUCAACAACCAGCAUUAUAUCAAUGGUUAGUGAAACUACGUAGUAGCAUAUUAGCUAAAUACUCUUUAUAUUUUCAUACUACUUUAAGUCAGCAGGCUAGUCCAGGAGAAAUGAGAAGUAUUAUGAGCAAGCAAAAUGUGGAUUAUUAUCAUAAAAUACAAAGUUUCCAACGUAAACAUGAUGUCUUAGCAGUAUUAAUAAUAUUUGACUCCAGAGGAGUAGAAGAUGCAGGUCCAGGUUAUAGACAUCCUUGUAGAGAACCAAACACAUCUGAACAAUUUCCUGUUAUUCUUAGUUAUCCCAGUGUAUUUAUACAAAAGCCAUCAAUUCAUUUAGAUAAUAUACAAAAACGAAUUAAAGAACGACAUACAGAACUUCUUGCCAUGGAUAAAAUUAUAUAUUGUAAAAAUGUAAAAGAUAUGUGUAUAUAUGCUAUGUAUAAUACUGAUCCUAAAAUGACUUUGGUUACUGUAUUUGAAAGUGGUAAACAAAAAGAUAAAGAAGCUCAUAUAGCAUCAUUUAUGACAGAUUUAUGUGUACACAUUAGAUGCAAUAAAAUAUAUGAAUCGUUGAAAUUAUCAAAAUAAGAAAUUAAAUAAAUAUAUGUAAAAAUGUUAAAAUAUUGCCAAAGAUUAUAGUGAAAAAG